UGUAUUGGCAAGAUACCGCAGAUAUUCGUGAAUUUGUAUUGAUGAAUAAAUCCACCGGUGAUUGUAAACACCUAGAUCAUUAGCCUCUAAAUGAUCAAUCGAUCGUUGCUCAUCUCAAUAAUUAGUGACCAGUGAUUGAAGAGUGAUUGUUCACAGAAGAAAAUAAACAUCGUAGUGAGGAGAUAGUUCCCCUCGGCGCGACGACCCAACAUAUCCACAUACAUACGAAAAAACAUUGAGCCCCAGAAGUGCAGAAAUUCGACAAAUUUUGUGAAUUCAUUGGAUUCUUCAACAUACCCAUGUCGCUAGGUUAUAGUUCAUGAACUCGGAGGGCUUACAAAUGUUGAUGAUGAGACAACAAUCGUGGUUGACGCUCGAACAAUCAGCAAGAAGUGUCUGUCGAGGAUUUUAGAUUUUUAAAUUGGUGUUGGAGAAAUGGCUAAUGCCGAGUUUGACGCGGAGCUCUUCGAGAAGAAGCUCCAUACUCUCAAAGACUCGCAGGAGUCGAUACAGAGUUUAUCUUCGUGGUGCCUGGAGAGACGGGAGCAUCACAAGAAAAUUGUUGCAACUUGGUUGCAAGUGUUGAAGAAAGUGAAAGUUGAGCACAGACUGACGCUCUUCUACCUCGCUAAUGAUGUCAUUCAAUACUCAAAACGAAAAAAUUACGAGUUUGUCGAGUCCUGGGGCACAACCCUUCAACGAGCCACCACUAUGGUCCGCGACGAAAAAGUAAAACACCGGAUUCUCCGGAUUUUCAAAAUAUGGGAACAACGUCAAGUCUACGACGAGGAGUUCCUCACGGACCUCUCCGGCCUCAUCUCAGCCGCCCCAAAAAAAAAAAUCGAUCCUCAACCAGUCAACAUGCCCGAGGAGUUCCAGGCUGCCCUCCUGAUCUCCACGAUGCGAUCCUGCUCGACCCUCGAAACUGCCACUGACGCUCGUCUGAAAGAUCUCCGCGACAGUAACAUCGACAUUGACAAUGCCGAGGAACUCUGCGCCUCCUUGAAAGACCGAAGAAGAGUCGAGGACGCAGAGAAGGAAGUGGAAACGGCAGUCAAGAACAUCGAGAAUUACGUCCGAGCGCUGGAAGCUGAGAUCCGGGAACGAGUGCAAGUGCUGGAGCUGUUGGAACAAGCUGAUCAGUUCUACGAGACUCAAAGGGGUGAAGUCAAAAUCGUAACCAACGCGUAUCGAAAUUUUGGCAGCAGAGUGAAAAACCUGAAGAAGAAAUUGGACGAACUUCUGCCAACUCUGACUUCUCCAAUUCCAUCUCCGGAUGUGAAUGCACCUUCACCGAGUCCUGACAGUGAUAUUGAGCUCCCUGGGGAUGAUCAGAACGUGAGUUCAGUGAAGGAGGUUGCUCCACCAUCAAUGUAUGGAUCUUACAGCCAGGAUUAUGAACCCUUACCAGUGCCAGCGCCUGAUACCUCACAGGGGAACAGUUCCAAUGAUUUCACGAGUAAUUUUUCGUCGUUCAUCGGGGGCAAUAUAGACUUUGACAUGAGGAGUAUCUUUAAUGAUAAGAGUCCUGGAGGUAGUCAGAUUUAUAAUGAGGCGAUGCCCAUUGAAGUGAUCAAUAUGAGGCCGUCCAAGGGGGCUGCUGGGGAGGAAUUCCCGUCAGGAAGUUUCUUGAAGGUUCCUGAGGCCAACAGUGCUACUAGUUCUGGGGGAAUUCCUGGACUGGGGCUGGAUCUGCCUGAGCCGAGGGCUGAAUCACCUCAGAGGCCGGAUUAUACGCAUUUGGAAAGGCAGGUGGGGACGACGACACCUAGGAUGGGCGGGGCACAGGGGGAGAGAAUUGGAGGGAAUCAUCAGAUUGGGCAUAGCACGCCCUUGGCACGUGGACCUGGGUACUCAAGAGAGCAAGGGGGAUUUGAGGGAACUGCGAGCUCUGUUAAUCCUCUGCCUCCUCCGCCACUUCCUCCACCGAUCUUUCUGGAGGAGGAAGGCUGUUAUAAUAAACUACCGCCUAAAUUUCCGACCUGGACACCUGCUAAUGAGGGGACGAAGGAGGGGGCUAAGUGGGAGACGGGAAAGAAUUCAUGGUCAAGUGACAAUGGUGAAACCGAGCGUUGGGAGUCCCCCAGUGAACCCACCUGGUCUAAUGGUAUGAGAGGCAAGCCCAAUCUCUCAGAAACUCCGGAGUCUCCUCCGAUCUACGAGAAAUCGAGCUUUACAGAUCCUGUGCAGUAUAACGACUCUCAGACAGAGGAGCCCAUCCUCAGCAGCGCUGCUGACGUAGACCACAGGGUCAUACCAAUUCCAUUGCCCCCCGAUACCCACCUCCCUCAUCGUUUGAUGAAAGUUGCUGAUGUCGAUCAUCGAAAUCUGAUCAGUUUAAUCGGCAGUCCAGCUAAUAAUUCAGCGAAUUCUAAUGAAUCACAACCACCAACCGGUAAUAAUUUGUGGAGCGGUACUGAUCAAGAUUACAGGCGACAAAAUCAACCCGGUGACAUAGUAGAAUCCGUGGACAUGGAGAUGUCGGACGAGGAGACGGAUUCGAAGCAAAAAAAUCGAAUCCUCGUGGACGUCCGUGCCCAAGAUCGUGACAUGAGGCCAGGCCCCCUCCACCACGUCGACAUGGACAUGCGAGUGAUUCCUCUGCCCUCCCCCAUCCCACGCAAUCCCCCACCAGACCUGCGGAACAUGCACCCAGGUCCGCCACUUCCGCCCCUCCCACCCUAUCGUCAAAACCACCCAGACUUCCCUCCAAACCAUCCAAAUCACCUGAAUUUUCGAGGUAAUCCCAAUCUCCCACCCAAUUUCCUCCCUCCACAGCCUGAUUUUCCCCCCGAUUUCCACCCGAAUCGACCGGAUAUGUACGAUUUUCAGGAAAAUCAACAUCCAGACUUCCACGAUGAUCGUCGAUUCCCUCCAGAUCACCUCCAGCAGCACCCACAGCAUCACCGAGACUCCCCAAUGUUCCUUCGAGGUCGAGGGCGUCCGUUCCCUCGAGGUCGUCGUGAAAGGUUCCCCGAAGGUCCACCACACCGUCGCCACCGGCCCCAAGACCAACUGGAGCUCCAUCAGGAAGCUCCACCACCUGGAAGAUUAUCACUCCUCCAACCCCCUGAGACUGUAGUCAUCCUGGAUGACAAUGGGAUGCCAAUAAUGCCAGAUAUGAGUCAAGAUGAUUCUCGUGUACCUGAGGAGGUAAUCAACGAAGAUAAUGAACGUCCAGGUGCUCAACCAAGCCCUCCAAAGGAUUCAGAACCCUCUCAUAAUGAUCCUGGAGAUCAGAAAGAGCCUGAGACUCCUGGCGACUGUGAAGAGAUCACAAGUGAAGAGAGAUCGCAGGAGGGUUCAUUAACUCGUGCUGACGAGCCUCCUAGGAAUCUCUCGGAGCACCUGGAGGCUCUAAUGAACUCAGGGAAGCCUGCUGGGGUCAAUGAUCUCAAGAGACAAGCAUCCAAUGGAUCACUGGAGCAGUUGGAGGAGAAUCAGAUGUCUCCGUCAAGGAAGAGGGCUUUCAUGCCCAAUAAUGGACCUCCAGAGCUUUAUCCUGUCAUCGUUUAUGACUACGAGGGUCAGCAUGGCAGUCCUAAUUUCAGGGGGAGACUACCCACACCUGUCUCGCCAGCCUCUGUGAGUCCUUUCGCUCCCUGGAGGGGCGGCGGACAUCCGCAGAGGGGCCGAGGGGGCUUUAGGGGGUCACCGAGGGCGCCCUGGAUGGAUAGGGGACCCAGAGGACCUCCCAAUAAUUUUUCACCGAGGGGGGGGAAACGAGGAAAUCCCUUCAGGGGGAAUAAUAAUGGGAAUAAUGGAUUCAGGGGGAGGGGACGAGCUGGAAAUUGGUAGAUUUAUUUCAGCAAUGAAGUGGUGGCUAAUAACAAAUUCAGGAGUGGUAUUGUGAAACACGACGGAGUGAACGAACUUUCCACAUCUUGUUGAUUAUUGCAUCAUCUCAAUAAUUAAUGAUUCGAGAAAAACACGCCAAGAGAUAGUUUAUCGUUGAAUUAUUUUAUGAUGCUCGAACGGUCUCUUGACAUUUGUGACUAAAAUCAUUUAUUUUUGAGAGAGAAUGUGCAGUUAACAAAAAUGUUGAAUUGAUUCAUUGUGGGUUUUCAUUAAACUACUGAAUUUUAUAAGCAUAAAAUUAUCGCGGUAAUGAAAAAGUUUAGAUAUAAAUGGCAAGACAUAUUUUUUUUGUUACAAAUUUUCCGCAGUGACAGAAAUGGUCCCUUGAUGUUUUUUGUUAAAGUCAAUUGUUAUCGAGUUGAAAGCAUAAUGAUAAUUACUAUUCAUUGUUCGAGUGAAAUCGACAUCUGUCACGUUUGUAAAGUUACAAUUAUUAUUACCACUUCGCUGAAAGUUUGAUGGAAACUGGUGGAUGACUGGAGUGUGAGGGAGCAGUGCUCUUAAACGUAGAUUAAGACUUGUAAAUAAUUAUAAUUACAGGAAGGAUUCGAGUUAUAAGAAUUUUGUCAUUUUAUGAUUUAAAUUAAGUGUAAGAUAUUUCGAAAGUUCUUCAGUUUCAUGCGUACAAAAUUGUGUGAGGGCUGGCUGUCUUUUGGUAAUUGUUUUUUUUAGUUUCUGUGAGUAUUUUUGAAUUGUCAUUUUUAUUAAAAUAAUUGAAAUUAAGGAAAUUAUUGAGGAACGUAGUGUAAUUUUAUAAGGUCAUCUCACCGAUGAGUGGGCAUUGGAGAAAUUCUCAAUUGAGCCUUUUUUUGUUUGAAACCUCUUCACCUUUGAGAAAAGUCUUUUGAUGUUUUCCCCCCAAACCUAAUCAUUUGUAAUCAUUUGUAAGAUUUUCCUAGUAAAGUGGCGGAAUUAAAUAGGUCGAUUUGACUUCUCAACUGAUUAGAUUAGUUCAUGGAAAGUUUUGCAAUUUUUUUGUCAUAAUAAAUUUUAUUACGCUCUGUGGAAGAGGAUAAUUAUUAAAAUACUCUGCUCUUCUCGAGUCAAGACAGUUUUACCACCUUUUAUCCCUCCACAAUUGAAAUUCGUUAUUAACGAUUAACGACUUCACCAUGGAUUUACACCCAUUUUACCCCAUGACUCCACAAAUGUCUUGAGAAAAUUGAUUGAAAAAACUGCAUUUAUUAUUUUCAUUUCAACAAUACUUUCUUGAAUUCAUAAAUAUUCACAGAAAUAUCAAAACGAAUUAACCAAGUUGUUUAAUGGGAUCAAAAACACAGUAAAGCAACCAAUUUUAAAUACACAUGUGAUUGUAUAUAUAAUGCGAGGUGUCAUGAAAAUACUAAGGGGAUUUUAUUAGGAGUCAUUACUUGAUUGAAAUUUUUUCCCUUGCUCCCUGUAACCGAGGCUGACGUUUGAUACGUGAGAAAUCUGCAAUAUAUGAUUAUAAAAAAAAUCAUAAAAAUAUGGACAUCACCUAGGAAUAUUAUUCUCAAUGACACGAUUAUUUUUUGCCCGUUGCGAAAGUCGUUACUCAGGAGGGAAGGGGGGAGGGUGAAAAUGAGAAAUAAAUGAAGAAAAGGAACUGGGCUGGAAAUUUCAUUUUUCCUUCUUUAGGACUGAGCCAUACACCAUUAACAUUGUUGACAUGCAAAUGACAAAAUAAUUUUCAACUUGUUCUAUUCUGUUCGCUUCUUCAUCUCCAUUCACAUUUGCAUUUCCUUAUCAUUUUUUUUAUUAUUUUUUCGUUCUUUACUUCAUAAAAUGAUUUAUGGAAACACAGGCAUGUCGAAUUGAAAAAGAUGAUUGUGUUAAUAAAAUGUAAAAAUAUUUCCUCUCCAAUUGCGUGCACUUCCCCUUAUUCCGAUGAAGAAAUAUAAAUAAAAUAAAUUUUUUUGAGAGAGAGAGAAGGAGGGGUUUGUUUGAAAGAGACAACUGGACCAAUUCGAUUCGUAAAGAUUAUUUUGCUAAGAUGGUUUAGAGAAAGAUGUCAAGAGACUUUUUUUGCAGCUGAAAAAGACCUCUUAAAAAAUGGUCUUGUGUCACUGCUUCCUGAAACCAAUAAUUGCCGAAAUCAUGCGAGUAGAGAAGUCAUAAAGGUCAAAGGAGGAGUCGAAAAGUUUUGUGACGUUUUGAGUUAGAUACGUCACAGUUCCAAAUAUAUGAGGAUUUCGUUUCAAAUGAGUCAACGGCUGACCCUCACCCUCUUGGAAAUUGCUCUCGAUUUUUUCUACG